CCGGAAGCCAUGGACUGGCUUCUCGUGCACGAGCCGGUUGCGCCGACGCCGCUGCCAGCCGUCGCCUGGAUCUGCGUCUGGGCGUACCUUGGCGUGGCUGCCCGCGUGCUCCUCACAACGGCCUCCAGCGCCAUCGAGGCGACGCAAGCAGCGCCGUCCAUCUUGACGGCGAUGGGCGUCUCAUUUUUCCUCCCGAAUGUCGUCGGCUGCUUCGUCAUGGGCCUGGCGCAGCCGCUCAAGACUGCUCGCCACGAAGCCUUCUGGACCGGCGUGACGACGGGCUUCUGCGGCUGCUGCACGACGUUCGCAUCGUGGGAGCUCGUGCUCGCGCAGCAGUACCUCGGGUCCAUGGCGGCGAACGCGACCUUGAUGUUUUUUGUGCAGCUCACGACGAGCCUCGCGUCCUUCCUUUCGGGGCGCCAUCUCGGCCUUCUGUAUACAGACCGCCACCACGAAGCUGCGCUUGGAGCUGCGUGGAGCGACGUUCUCACGUACGCGCAGAGCCGGAGCGUCGACCAGGAAAGCGAUGGCACGUGGCAGCGGCUGGCGCUGGCCUUGGAAGAGGCGCGACCGCUUGCCGCAGCUGGCGCUUCGACGCUCAAGCCGGUGCGCCACGGUGUUGUGUAUGGCCUGUGCGGCGUGGCCACGCUGAUUGCGGUCACCCUCGCGGCGCUCUACCUUGACGGCUACUUGGCCGUGGUGUUUGGGCCGCCCGGUGCGCUCCUUCGAUACGGUCUCGGGCUCCGUCUCAACAAAUCCAAGACGUUUCCACUCGGAACGUUUGCCGCCAACGUCUCUGCGUCCAUCGUGAGCUGCAUCGGCGUCCUGGCGAUGCCGACGUCGGCCCUUGGCGCGACCUGGAUCCAGCACGCGCUCUUAACGGGCUUUUGCGGAUCGCUCUCGACAGUCUCGUCCUGGAUCAACGAGAUCUACUCGAUGCCGUCGUCCAGUCUGGUGUACGUGGCGGCGACUCACGUCGCGACACAGACUGCAUGCCUCCUCCUCCUCGGUACGCUGUAGGAAGACGGCAUGGACCUUGUAUACUCUUA